UAGAGAGACAGAGCGCUCCCAGAGAACCAGGACUCCGCCAUCUUCACAUUGCAAUAUAUAAUAGUAAUAGCCAGCACCAACCCAGCUGCACUGGGGGCUUCCUUCCUUCCAGUCCCAGUGCCAGGCGAGGGGGAGCAGUGCAAAGUGGUGCAGAGGCAUUGGCAAUCCAAAAGCACUAGGGCAAAGCAGUGCCACUUGAACUGGGAAAGAGGAGACACAGUUUUGGCUACCCCUUUAAAAAAACCCAGCAAGGGUCAAUUUCUGAAAAAAAUAUUUUUGGGGGCAUUUUUGUGUGUGUGGGCAAUCCCCAUUCUGUACUUUAAAAAAAAUCCUGAUUUUUUUUACCCUCCUGGUGGAAGAAGUGCACUUGCCAAUUUGCCAGGCACUCUGGAGAGAGAGAGAGAGAAAAAGUGUCACUGUUGGUGCAAAUCCUCCCAAGUUCAAGAAGAGAUUUGGAAGUCCAAGUGACAGAAGCAGUGGAGAAAAGACAGUGAGAGAGAGAAAGAAAGAGCUUUUCCUGAUGAUGAUGUUUUUUUAAUUCAGGGGGAUAUCCCACCUAGUGCACCAGAACAACAAAAAAAGAGGGUUUUUCUUGUCUCCAUUUAUUUUAUUUUUUAAAACGAAGAAAUCAAUAAAGAAGAAGACGAAAGAGUGAACGAAAAAAAAGAGGAGGAAGAUCCGCCCCCCCACAUCCCCCCCAACCCAGUACAGCUCUCCGGGCGAUGCCAGUGUAAAUGCCAGGGCAAUGUCCCGUCGCAAGCAGGGAAACCCGCAGCACUUGUCACAAAGAGAGAUUAUCACACGUAAGUUUGAAUUUGAAACAAGAACGAUCAGAAAUCAAGCCUCAAAAGGGGGAAAAAGUCCAGGAAAAGCCAAGUCUACAGAGGCUGACCAUGUGGAAACGGUGCUUGCCGACGAAGAUGAGACCCUGGCAAUAGCGGAGCCGGGCAGCAUCAGCAUCGCCCCAGGUGGGACAGACCCCGAUUUGUUAACCUGUGGACAGUGUCAGAUGAACUUCCCCCUGGGAGACAUCUUGGUUUUUAUAGAGCACAAGAAGAAACAGUGCAAUGGCACUGGUGGUGUCUGCUAUGAAAAGAGCCUGGAUAAGAGCAGCCCUCCCCCCUCGUCCCGCUCCGAGCUCAGGAAAGUGUCAGAGCCAGUGGAAAUCGGGAUCCAAGUCACACCCGAUGAAGAUGACCGUCUUCUCACGCCUACAAAAGGAAUUUGCCCCAAGCAGGAGAACAUUGCAGGGCCGUCCAGGCCUGCAAAGCUGCUGGGGGCUCCCAUAGCUGCCUCCUCCCACCCUCACACAUCAGUGAUCACGUCACCUCUCCGCGCAUUGGCCUCUCUCCCGCCCUGCCUUAGCCUGCCCUGCUGUGGUGCCCGUGCAGUCUCAGUUGGCGGGACUCAGACUGAGACUCAGACUGAGACUUCAGGCACAUUUGGAUGUCAUUGUCAGUUGUCAGGUAAAGAUGAGCCUUCAAGCUAUAUUUGCACAACAUGCAAGCAGCCUUUUAAUAGCGCUUGGUUCUUGCUUCAGCAUGCCCAGAACACACAUGGAUUCCGCAUCUACCUGGAAACCAGCCCUUCAAACAGUUCCCUUACUCCACGCAUCACCAUCCCUCCUCCUCUGGGACCAGAGACUGUUGCACAGUCCCCGCUGAUGAAUUUUCUUGGAGACAACAACCCUUUUAGUCUUUUGCGGAUGACGGGCCCCAUCCUACGUGAUCACCCUGGAUUUGGUGAGGGUCGGCUCCCCAACACACCUCCACUGUUCAGCCCACCGCCUCGUCAUCAUCUGGAUCCACAUCGCCUUAGUGCCGAAGAAAUGGGGUUAGUUGCCCAGCAUCCCAGUGCCUUUGACAGAGUUAUGCGUUUAAACCCCAUGGCAAUUGAGUCCCCAGCGAUGGAUUUCUCCAGAAGGCUUCGAGAACUGGCAGGAAACAAUUCUACCCCUCCUCCAGUCUCACCGAAUCGCACCAACCCUAUGCAUCGCUUGUUGAAUCCUUUCCAGCCUAGCCCUAAAUCACCCUUUUUGAGCACCCCGCCAUUGCCACCAAUGCCCCCAAGCAGCACUACGCCGCCGCAGCCUCAGGCGAAGAGUAAGUCCUGUGAAUUCUGUGGGAAAACAUUCAAGUUCCAGAGUAAUCUUAUCGUGCACCGACGCAGUCAUACAGGAGAAAAGCCCUACAAAUGUCAACUCUGUGAUCAUGCUUGCUCCCAGGCCAGCAAGCUAAAACGUCAUAUGAAAACACAUAUGCACAAAGCUGGCUCCAUGACAGGCAGGUCAGAUGAUGGACUCUCCACCACAAGUUCUCCUGAGCCAGGCACAAGUGAGCUCACUGGAGAGGGACUAAAAUCCAGUGAGACAGAUUUCAGGAAUGAGAGUGAUCCCUCCCUGGGCCAUGACAAUGAAGAAGAGGAAGAAGAAGAGGAGGAGGAAGAGGAGCUAGAAAAUGAGAGCAGGCCAGAGUCAAGCUUCAGCAUGGACUCAGAGCUAAGUCGUAAUCGAGAGAACGGUUCCAAAUCGCUACCAGAUGAAAAAUCCCUUGUCCUUGGAAAAGUUAUAGAGAAUGUAAGUCUCGGUGCCAUCCAGCAAUACAGUGACAUGCUAGUUGAAAAACAGAAGAGGAGUAGCUUCAUGAAAAGGUCUUCUGAUCAGCGAGACCUGUGUCCUCGAGACCUCUGUCAGAGAGACACAGGCGACGAAGACUCAGUGGCAGGAGAACUUGACCGCACUGAGGAAGGGACAGUCAAUGGAAGAAACUUUGGCCCAGGCGAGCCCUUCCCAGGCUUGUUCCCUCGCAAGCCAACACCUAUCACGAGCCCCAGUUUAAACAACUCUUCUAAAAGAAUAAAAAUAGAGAAAGAUUUGGACUUACCACCAGCAACAAUAAUACCUUCUGAAAAUGUUUACUCCCAGUGGCUGGUAGGGUAUGCAGCAUCAAGGCACUUCAUGAAGGAUCCGUUUCUAGGAUUCACAGACUCCCGACAAUCCCCCUUUGCAACUUCUUCUGAGCAUUCUUCAGAGAACGGAAGCCUGCGUUUCUCCACUCCACCAGGUGACAUGCUGGAUGGGGGUCUCUCAGGGCGCAGUGGGACAGCGAGCGGAGGCAGCACUCCCCACAUCAGUGGACCUGGUCCCGGUCGACCCAGUUCAAAGGAAGGGCGGAGGAGCGAUACAUGCGAGUACUGUGGCAAGGUCUUUAAGAACUGCAGCAACUUAACGGUGCACCGCCGGAGCCACACUGGAGAGCGGCCUUACAAAUGCGAGCUCUGCAACUAUGCAUGUGCCCAGAGCAGUAAGCUGACACGUCAUAUGAAAACGCAUGGCCAGAUAGGGAAGGAGGUCUACCGCUGCGACAUUUGCCAGAUGCCCUUCAGUGUUUACAGCACCCUGGAGAAACACAUGAAAAAGUGGCAUGGAGAACAUUUGCUGACAAAUGACGUCAAAAUUGAGCAGGCAGAAAGAAGCUAAGACCCCCCACUGGGUUAAAUCAGGGGUCUAGGUAACAUUUAAUUUGUACAGUUUAACUAUUGCCAACUGAGAAAAGCUGACCUAACUUGCCUCCGUAAACAUAACUUAGCAUAACUAUAGUAGGUGCCAGACCUUGGCACUUAAAUAUAACCUGUGUCUACAAAGUUCUAUUAAACCUGAGGGUUGAUUAAGGCAGUAAAAUUGUGGAGCCUUUUAACUGUGCAAUAAUUUCUGUAUUUAUUGGGUUUUUGUAAUUUUUUGGCAUGUGCAGGUACUUUUUUUUUAUUCUUUCUGUUUAAAUUUCUUUUAAAAUUUUGUUGGGUAUCCCUUUUUAAUUUUACCCAGUAGUAGCCUGAGAUUACUUGCAUUGUAGGGGGAGAGGCAUAUCUUUUUAAAUUAUAAUUUUGGGGCCGCUGCUUUGUUGAAAUUUAAGCUAAGCAUGUGUAAUUUCUUGUGAAGAAGCCAACAUUUUAACUGAAUUCUUCUUCUUCUUCUUCUUCUUCUUCCUUUUUUAUAAAAUAACCUUGGAGAUUAGGGAAAAUAAAAUUGUACAGCGGAUAACAAUCUUUAAAAUUAGCACUUUCUUUUGGAAUUGGAUUUGAUAUGUAGCACUGACAAUGUCGCUAAAGAUAGAGGCCUUUUCUGUGUAGACUUCAACAUUAAAGUUAUGUCAACUAAAAAGACAUGGGUGCAGGUAUUUUCUGAAGGCAGCUACAUUGAACAAAGCAAUAGCAUUCUUAAUUGUGGAUUAUUAUCAGAUAGUUUCUUAGCGUUAUUAAUGAUAUGUACUGAGAUGCCGCCAUUUUGUCACUUGUUCCAGGUUCAGUAAUUAAAAUAACCGAAAGAAUCCUCACAGUUGUCAUAAAAGCUCUUUUAAGGUAUUGUAGCAUCCUUCUCCACCCUUGGAUGAAUGAAAUGCCAUUCUUUUAGUUUACCACACACACACACACACACAAAUCUAAACAAGUUUGGGAUAUAUGUAGAGACCACCAACUCAGCUCAGAAGUAUACUGCAACUAGAAUCGCUAUAAUUAAGGCAAUUGUAACUAGGGCUGAUUGGUAAUUUCUCAAUCCGAUAGAAUAGAAUUUAUAAAGUAUUUGGAUGGCGAGUAGAAAAUAUCAGGAUUAUCUCAUAUAAUGCACAACAAUGUUAUUGUGAGGAAGGGGAAAAAUUAAUCAUUCUACGUGUAAUGGGCUGAUUCUGCUCCCACUGAAGUCAAUGAGAGUUUUCCCGUUGACUUAAUUGGGAGCAGGAGCAGGCCCUAUAUGAGCAAAGCAUUGUAGGAAAAAAAUGCAGCUGCUUUGUUUUCCAGUUGUUUUAUUUUUUAGCAUAUUAGGACUAAUAAUAAUGAAGAGUGGACAAUUAAGGUUAGACAUUUUCAUUACGUUGACCCGCACUUUAAAACUUUUGUUUGUGUUUAAGAGAAAAUGGCUUCUGAACAAGAAAUUACAGCAUAUUCUUCUCCUUGGCCCAAAGGUGGGUUAAACUGUAAGGGAACAGCUGAGAUUAAGUGUCAGUGUUGCUAAGCAUGGCAUUCACAAUACUGGCACUAUAAAGAAAAAUAAAAUAAAAAUAAUUUAUUGGACAGUUUUUCUACUGCCAUUCAAUUUGACGUGAGUGCCUUGAAAACUGAUCUUCCUAUCUGAGUCUCUUGAGACAAAUGCAAAACGUUUUUGUGAAAUGAAAAGACUUUUAAAAAAGUAAAACAAGAAAAGUACAUUCUUUAAGGGGAAAAAAAAGAGCCACAUUUACUUUAAAAAAAUUACUGGUUGAAGAUAGUGGACAUGAAAAUGCCAUAAGACCCAAUCAAAUGAAGAUGCAUACCCAGCACAACUUCGGACAUCCAUUAGCUGAAUUAUUCUCAGCCUUUUUUUUUUUUCAGGACAACGCUGCUUAGGAAAUGGAAUGGAAAUGAUUUACUGCUGAAUUAAAACUCAUAUGACACAAAUUACGAGUUAUCAUUGAAUGAGAAAAAAACAAUUCAGGAACAAUGGCGAAUUUUUUUUAAAAGUUAAAUUUAGUGCACUCUGUCUUAAAAUACGUUUACAGUAUUGAAUACAUACAAGGGUAAAAAAAAUUGUGUGUAUGUGUGUUUGAGCAAUCUUUUUUUUUUCAAAGUUUGCUUAAUAGGUUAUUAAAAAAAUGCCAUGAUGGCCAUGUGUAUAUUGUUUUCUUUUGGUGACGGGGUUUUAGUAUAUAUUAUAUAUAUUAAAAUUUCUUGAUUACUGUAAAAGUGGACCAGUAUUUGUAAUAAUGGAGAAUGCUUGGGCAUUUUACAAAACCAGAAAGAAAAAACAAAAAAACAAAAAACCAGAAAAAAAAAUCUUUUCUUUUUUUCCUUGAAAAUGUUGCAGUAAAAUUUAAAUGGUGGGUCUAUAAAUUUGUUCUUGUCACUGUAACUGUAAAGUCUUGAGUUUUAGUAAAUUUUUUUCUGCUUUGGGUGUUGAAUUUUUAUUUCAAAAAAUGUAUAGAAACUUGUAUUUGGGGAUUAAAAGGUGAUUGCUACACCAUGUAGAAAAAGUAUGUAGAAAAAAGUGCUUAAUAUUGUUAUUGCUUUGCAGAAAAAAAUCACGUUUCUGACCUAUACCUAUUUUUCUCUUCCCCCUCCCCUCCCGUCUGGAAUGGAUAUUGAUAUUGGUUGAUUCAUAUGAUGUAGGCACUCGCUGUAUUUUUACUGAAGCUUGUAAUUUUUUAACUGUACGCUUGUCCUUUUAAAGGGAUUUAAUGUACCUUUUUGUUAGUGAAUUUGGAAAUAAAAAUAAAAACAAACAAACAGGCUGCCAAUAAUAUAUUUUUUUAAUUUGGCAGGAUAAAAUAUUGCAAAAAAAAAAAAUUUGUAUGUUAAGUCCUUAUUGUACAGGAAAAAAAGUGGGGGGGGGAGGGGUUGUUAGACGACCUUUAAGUAAAAGAAACAAAACAAAAUAAC